AUGGUGUCGCUCUCCUUUUCCUCGUCGUCGCGGGUCUCUUUUUCUCUACGCGAGGAGGGUAAGAGAACGACGACGGCGACGUCCAGAAACAACAAAAACGCUCCCGUUUUUUGGCGGCAAAAUCCUCGUCGUCUGAACCGUUGUUAUUGUUUUAAAGAGGAAGAAGAAAAGAAGACGAAAUACGAACCACCAUCACUGAUCGUCGUCGUGGAAGGCGUAAACGACGCCAAACGCGUUCGCAAAGCUUUGAACGUUGCGCACCCGAACGCGGUGUUCGCGAUGCGAGGAUCGUAUUUCGAUGUAAAGGCGAACAAGUGGAAAAUUCAACCGAAUAUCGUGCGCGCGGUGGAACGCAACGCCGGAUGGCUAAAAGAAGAAGAAAGAGGAAGCGACGGGGAAAGAAGAGGCAUCGUGGAGGCAGAGGAAGUGAUUGUGUUUACCGAUCCUGACGUCGCAGGAAGGCAGUACCGACAAAAUUUUAUCCAAUAUUUACCUCGAGCGAAACACGCGUUCGUGUCGCGGUAUCGAGCGCGGUGUAAGAAGAAGACGAAAUGGCACGAAGUGAACGAUUGCGGGGUUGAGUUUGCGACAGAUGGAGCGAUACGAGUCGCGGUGAAGGAAGCGAGAGCACCGAGGACGAUAAAAGCGACAACGAGUGGUAGUCGCAGUGAAACGACAACGGCAACGGCAACAACGACAGAAGGGCUUUUGGAAUGGAUGACUGUGGACGACAUGGAGCGAAGGGGAUUGAAAGGAACGACAAAAGCCGGCGUUCUCGGCGUUUCAUCGAAGCGACUUCGCCAGGUCUUAGGUAACGUCUUAGGCAUCGGCGAUUGCGACGCGAAGCAAAUGCAGAGACAGUUGAAUAUGUUCUUCUCUUCGGAGGAGUUCGAAAGGGCCAUGGAAACUUCUUUAGAACUGUUAGAAAGCGGCGAAGCAGACGCGUGCGAUUUUCACGACGUAAACGACGACGACGCUUUGGAAUCGAAUAAAGAGAACGAAGAUGGUUUCGAAGAAGAUUUUGGAUUCGACGCGAACGCGUACAUUCCGCCCGGCCAAGCGCCGCCAGGUUUUGAAUAA